AGUGUGUUAUCAGUCAUCAUGUAAACAAACACAUGAACUUUCGAAAGUUGUAGUGGUUGAAGAAACGUGUCCUUCCCUUGUUACCGCCAGUUUUCGCCGAGUUUUUAAUCUACAAAACUCACCAAAACACAACGUUCAGUUUCAACUUUUAGUUGAAUCGAAUUGAGUUUCAUAUUCAUACUUUCAUCUCUCUGCUUAGCAAGCUCGCAAAGUGCAGGUGAUCAGCCCGAACGGUAAAGUCAAUCACAAGCAGUUUGAAAUGGAUGAACAUGGUGAAGGACAUACAACUAGCCAAGCUAGGAGGACCCCAAAAAAUUCAGUUGAAAUAUCAAAGGAAAUGUCAAAAGAGGACCAAGAAGAGACGGUCAUCGUCAUGGAGAAGGAGGUUGGAAAUGCAGCGGAAGAUUCAUUGAAACGGAGACUAAGUACAAGUGGGAGCUCUGAGGAUGACGAAGUUUGCAAAAGGCCAAAAUCCUCAGAAAGCACCGCAGAUGAAGCGGAUCACUCAGCAGCUGAUGAAAUUGAGCUCAGCAGCAAUGAAGGCGAGAGCUCCAGUCACUCCGACGGAAGCGAUGACUCUGCUGAUGAUCCACAGGUUCUUGAUGAUAUCCUCAGUAUUAAAAAAAUGGAGCUACUUCAGCACCCCCAAGUCAAAGCCUUUUUACAAGAAAAAAUAGAUCAGGCAAAGAAGAAAGGAAAGUGAAGUGCAGUACCGAAUAGCUCCAGCAUGAGCCGAUGGUCCUUUGACAAGCUACCUGACUCCGAUUUACUUGGUUUUGUCUGUGUAUCUUGCGUCUUGCCAAGUUGCUUCAUCCCAGAAUUUUGGUCUAAUGUCUCUGACUUAUCAUUGGCUUGUUCCUGUAUCAUGUUGGCCUCAGCUUUCAAGCGUCUACC